GCAUUUCCCACUGGCAUGACUAUUACUGCACUAUAAAGUAUAAUAUCGACGUAAAUCAACGCAUAACACGUAAAGUAAGAUGUUUCUUGUAACGAGGACAGCUGUUCUAUGUUGAAAAGCCAUUCAUAAAGCAAGUAAAUAAUAUGUUAGAUACACAGUAAAGUGGCUGAGAUCGGUAUUUUAUAUUAAUUGAAAAUCAAUAACAGAAACCUAGAAAUAAUUAGUGAGCUCUAUUGACAGUGGUACAACAUAGCAAUUUGUGAUUGUUAUUUGUCCCGAGUAACAAUUGAGAUGUCACAAAGAUAUUUCUGACAUAAAAUGCUGGGAGUUUCGUUUUAAUCUCCUGUAAGUCUGAAAAUUAUAUACAGCGUUAAGUGGUUACGAUUUUCAGCAUGGACGUGGUGACUACUAGCUUAGAAGCUCUAAUACGUGAAGAGGAUUACAAAUCCAGCAAACCAGAAGUCAGAUGUAGCGGCCAUCGAAGCUUUCUGCGUGAUGCUUACUAAAGAAACAGAAGGUAUACAAAUAGGUAUCAGGUUAUUGGCAACGCAAAUUCAAUCACUUGAUGAAUCAGAAGCACUACAAGCACUUUCGUUACUAGAUACUUGUAUGAAGAGAUGUGGUCCGUUAUUUCAUGCAGAAGUUGGUAAAUUCCGUUUCCUUAACGAGAUGAUAAAAUUGGUCUCGCCGAAAUAUUUAGGUAAUCGUACUACAGCGGACGUGCGGCAAAAAGUGUUGCAACUUCUUUAUUCAUGGAUCAGAGAAUAUCCUCGCGAAUCAAAAAUUAAGGAGGCUUACGAGAUGUUGAAGAAGCAAGGAGUCAUCGAGGAGGAUGCUGCGUUUAUAAUGGCAAGCAGUGAAGAAAGUCAAAAAUCGUCUAAAAUAAAAAACAUAUUUGAAAAUGAAGAGAUGUCAAGGCACUUGCGUACAUUACUUUAUAGUAAGGAUCCAUCUGAUCUGCAAACUGCAAACCGACUAAUCAAGUUUAUGGUGAAAGAGGAUGAGGCACGACUGCAGUUACAUUCGCAAAGAAGCAUGGAAUUAGAAUCUGUGCAAAACAAUGUAAUACUACUGUCAGAAAUGCUAGAUUCAUAUAAUCAGAAUGAAACCAGUGCAGAGGAUCUUGAAUUGAUAAAAGAACUGUACCAAGCAUGCGAGCGACUGAAACCUGUUUUGUUGAGGCUUGCCAGCGAAACUCAAGGCAACGUCGAAAUGCUUGGUGAUGUACUAGCUGCAAGCGAUGAAUUAAAUCAAGUCUUUGAGAAGUACACAUCAGUUAUCAUCCUUGGACAAUUACCCAAAUCUGCAGCAGAAGCUUCUAAGCCAAUUCAUAAUGAACUAUCCCUUCUGGAUCUAUCGUUUCCUACAGAGAUUAUUCCCUGUAAAAGCAGUUUAAGUACGACACAGAGCAUAUCGUCGACAGAUUAUCGCUCAGAUAUGGAUGUGCUGGGAGAUAUCUUUAAUACUCUGGAGAAACCAGUCAAAUCUGAAGCAAAUUUCUUAAUGCCAAACGCCAUAAUGCAACCAACCAGUAUCUUGCCCAUAAAUAAGAAAAACGAAGUUACCCAUACUGAUGAAGAAAAAAUUGACAGUAAAGCAAAAGCACUAGAAGAGUUGAACGAAUUGGGAGAGUCUUUACUUAAACAAAGUUUAUCGGGAACAGUAUCAAUUACACAUUCCUCACAAGGCAAAACAAAUAGUAAUGUCACGAAAGUUCAAAGCAUCUGUGAUCCUAUUCGAAAACAAAAUAUAUCCCAGGAUUCUAAUAACAUAUCGCAACAUAACACGAUGGAACAGCUAAAUACGAAAAAAUGUGAAAGAAACAGUAAUAUGGACAAUUUGGCAUCCUCAAAUUCAUCAAAAAUUGUCUCAACUAUUGAUGUAUGCCAGAAAAAUAGUAAUUCAGAAAUAACAAAUGCAAAAAUACAACAGCAGGAAAUGAUGCAAUUACAUAACGGUAUGUCAAGGAUAGAAAAUACUGAGCCUGAAAUCAAACCAUUGACCGAUAUCACAGUCUGCCUUGAAGACAUUAAGCCAGGAAUAAAUCCACCUGUAACGGUAAUUGAGGAAAAAAAUGGUAUUAGUGUGGUGCUUCAUUUUACUCAAGAUACUCCUAGAUCAGAUGUAUCUGUAAUAGUAAUUACUACAAUGAGCAAAAAUGCAAAGCCACUUAGUAAUUAUUUAUUUCAAGCAGUUGUGCCCAAGAAAUGCAAAUGUAGACUUCAGACGCCAUCUGGGACAAAGUUGCCGGCGCAUAAUCCAUUUCUUCCUCCGUCUGCAAUUACGCAGAUUAUGUUGAUUGCAAAUCCUCUCAAGGAGCCGAUAUCUUUGAAGUUUAUGUUAAGCUACACAAUGGACGAUGAAACAUUUACAGAAAUGGGUGAAGUAGACACAUUACCUCAUCUAUGAGGUUCAGUUGAUCCUCUUUUGUAUACUCCAUACAAUGCAGCACCCAUAAUCAUCAUAUGUGUCCUCAGUAGGUCAAAAAUGAUAUAAGAAUGUUAUGAUUACUACAAUUUAAUUAUAAAUACAAGCAAUUAAAAAAUUGUUAGACAUUUAUUAUACUAUUUUAAGUUUAGCAUACCGAGAGUUUUAUAUUCUUAAUAAUUUCUUUAAUUUCAAGGUUUCCUUCAACCUCUAGUCUUAUAGUUGCUAUACAAUAUGUACAAAUGUUUGCCGCGUUGUUUUUCGCCAUGUAGCAAAUAUUUCUACUAUGUUUUAUGUGCAAGAACUCUAUUCUAAUAGUACUUGUGCAAAAUAAAAAUGUUUUAUAAUUUGUAAGCUGA